AUGUCCUUCAAUAAAGCUCAACUUAUUCAAUCAUCAUCAGCAUCACGUGAUAAUGAAUAUGAUUAUCACAUCACUGAUGAUGUAAAAGUUAAAGUUAAUGAUGUAAUUCGUGAUAAUGAUUAUCGAUUAUUUUUUGAUACAAAUUUAUCAUUCGAUCAUCUUAUGUUUCUUCUCAAUAAUCGUGAUUCAAUUGAAAAAGGUUUUAUUGAUUUUGCAAUUAUGCAAAUAAAUCGAAUAAUUCCUGAUCAAUCUAUUCGACAAGUCUUUUUAUCUAAGAUUGCUCAUUUUGUUGAAAGUCAAUAUGUUGUUCGUAGUGAUACACUCGUUUCUCGGCAAUUGGCUUUUUAUCAAGGUGACGACGACGAUGAUGAUUAUGAUGCUGAUGAAGAUACAAUAUCUGAUGAUGAAUCAGAAUAUGAUGAUGAUCUCGAAAAUGACUUGCUCGAUGAGCUAGAAUUUGCUCAUUUUCUUUUCGUGUCUCGUUACCGACCUGGUGAUUCGUAA